AUGAGCAAAAUUGUAUUUGGUCUAUUGGCCCUUGCGGCCGUCGCAUCCGCCGGUCUUUUACCACACGAGCCGGUACCGAUCGUGCGCCAGGAACAGGACUCCAGCCCUGACGGUUCUUUCUCAACUAGAUUCGAGACCGGAAACGGAAUUUCGUAUCAAGAAAGCGGAAGCCUCAAGAGUCUUGGACCCAAAGACAGUGCUCAAGUUUCGGAGGGUGUUGUCAGCUACAAUGCUCCUGAUGGCACUCCCAUCCAAUUAUCUUGGCGGGCCGAUGAAAAUGGAUUCCAGGCGAGUGGUGCCCAUUUACCCGUUGCCCCACCGGCACCGCAAAUCCCAGAGGCUAUCCAGAGAGCUCUCGCCUACAUCGCCGCUCAUCCCUACGUCGAACCCAAGAAACUCUAA